AUGCGAUGACACAGACAUACUUGAGGCAAUAGUGAUAGGCGUAGAUAAGACCUUUACAGAGAGUGCGUAACCAGCACUUCAAUUCUUUCAGUGUGUUCGCAGCCGUUCUACAGUCAAGAGGAACCCACUAGCUUCACGAUGGCGGUGUACGAAAGCGAAGAUUGCGGAGGGACUCGCCGCUACACCUUCCGCCGGAUCCAGACUACAACCAUCAGGUUCCAGGUGAAGGCAGCCCACGACGUGGCCAUCUGCCUCUCCCCUGACGACGAGGAAGAGCCAGAGGACAUGUACGAGAUCUUCAUCGGCUGCUGGGGAGGCGGGGAGUCCGGCAUCCGCCGCCACAAAGACGAGGACGUGUGCCGGGUCGAGACGCCCGACAUUGUGAGCGACGAGGAGUUCCGCAGUUUCUGGAUCAAGAUCCAGCGCGGCGUCAUCAAGGUAGGGCGGUCCGGGCAGAAGCAUCCCUUCAUGAGCUACACCGACCCCAACACGCUGCUCCACGUCACGUGGUACGGCUACUCCACCGGCUGGGGCGCCUCCGGGGAGUGGAUGUUCCCGGAUGACGACGAAGGAAGACUCCGAGGCUGAGGAUAUCAACAACCUCGAAGACAGACCCAUCAUGUACAAGCGUCCCGCGCGCUGGGUGCCGGCUAAGGGCGGCUACUUCCCGAGGCACCCUGUGUCCGGCGGCGAGGGUCCCGACGGGGAGGUGUACGUCGGGAUGGCGCACCACGAGGGCGGCUACAUCCUGGGCAUGGUCGUCCCCGAUCACGGCUGCUGCUACAUUCCCUUCGGAGGAAGCGCCAUUCCCAAGAGCGAGUACUUUGUCCUCAGCAACCCCGGCAGCGUCACCAUCACGUGGGAAGCUUCCAGCAAGGGAAAGGUCCCUCCCGGUGCCCUUCAGGGAGGCAUUAGCGAAGACGGGGAGAUUCUGUACAUCGGCCGCGUCUCCGUCGAUGGCGUGGUGUCCGUCGGCAAGGUACACCCAAGCCACGAGGUUUGUUACGUACCCUACGGAGGCAGUGAACACGCCCACCGUGACUACGAGGUCCUCUGUGUCCGCAACUUGCCAUGCAGAGUGUAGGCCGGGGGUGGGGGAACCUUAUACUAUGGCAGCCGCUGUUUAUUCACUUUCGUGCUAGCCUGUUCCCUGUAUUCUUGUGGUUGGGUGAGGAAUUGAUGUACCCGACUGAAUAAAAGUAUUGAUAACUAGU